GCUACGUUGUCCCACGCGCUCCUGCGGUCUUCUCGGGUGCUCGCGUGUGCGCCGCCGUGCGUGGUCCUCCCGAUAACCGCACAGCGGGAAACUAGCAAGCUAUGGCCGAUAGGUAGUGACUGAUAACCCGCGCGGCCCGACGGGAUGCCAAACGCCGGCUCGUAAGAGGCCGCGACCUCUGGUGUGUUCCUCAACAGAAUUGAAAAGAUUCCUUUCAAUUUUUUCAAUUCUGUCCUGCAUUUCUUUUCUGUGCUUGGUGGUGUUGUGCGCGUGUUCAGGUGGUCCCCAGGAAGGAUACCGAGGCGCGAAGGAUCCGGGGCAUCUUCGCACAGGGUAGUAGAAACUGGGAGGUCCAAGUAGGACUUGGACACGUCGUGGAUGCCUGUAUUCGUCCAGAGAUUCCCGACGCGGUUAUGGGAGCUCGAUGACCAGCGCCGCCCGGACCACCAUGGACUACCUGCGGACGUUCCUCUACCUCCUCAUCUUCCGCUUCUGCGGCGGACACGCGUUAGACAUAUCACAAUGUAUCGCACCCCUGGGAAUGGAGUCUGGCAUAAUUCCGGACGCCGACAUCACCGCGAGCUCGAGCUUCGAAAGCGGAAACGUCGGGCCUCAUCGAGGACGACUUCGCCAGGAAAGUCACGGAGGUGCCUGGUGCCCCAAACAGCAGAUCACGACCGAUCCUAGGGAGUGGCUGGAGGUUGAUCUCCACACCGUGCACAUGAUCACAGCUACCGGUACCCAGGGUCGAUUUGGGAACGGCCAGGGUGUGGAAUUCACCGAGGCCUAUUUUCUGGAGUACUGGAGACCCAACAUCAGGAACUGGGUCCGCUACCAAGACGUACGAGGACAACAGGUGAUCAAGGGCAAUUCGAACACGUACCUAGAGUCGAAGCACGACCUGGAGCCCCCCAUCUGGGCCAGCAAGAUCCGCUUCCUCCCAUACAGCUACCAUCGGCGAACGGUCUGCAUGCGUGUGGAGCUAUACGGCUGCCCGUGGAACGACGGCAUCGUGUCCUACUCGAUGCCCCAGGGUGACAAACGCGGCAACCGGGAGUUCUUCGACGCCACCUAUGACGGCUACUGGGACGGGGAGCUGCAACAGGGUCUGGGCCAGCUCACGGACGGCAGGACCGGUCCGGACAACUUCAAACUGGGCCAUUACGACGAACGAGGCCAAGGUUGGGUGGGCUGGAGGAACGACAGCAGGUCGGGUCAUCCCCUGGAGAUCAAGUUUGAGUUCGACCACGUCAGGGAGUUCUCCGCGGUGCACAUCUACUGUAACAAUCAGUUCACCAAAGACGUGCAGGUGUUUUCCGUGGUCAACAUCCUCUUCAGCGUUGGCGGACGGUACUACACGGGAGACCCCAUCGUAUAUUCCUACGUGGAGGACAGGAUCUUCGAAACCUCCCGGAACGUCACCAUCAAGCUUCAUCAUCGCAUCGGGAAGUUCGUCAAGCUCAGGUUCUCCUUCGCCUCCAGGUGGAUCAUGAUCAGCGAGAUCACCUUCGAUUCCGACGUUGCCCACGGGAACUUCACCCCGGAAGUCCCACCAUCAACGGAGGCGCCUCGUCUUCGAGAUCGAAAUUCUGCCCGGGACACGCCGCUCCAGGCGGAGGUCCCCGUGUCAACGGCGAAACAGGACGACCCAACCUACAUGGCGGUGAUAAUCGGAGUCCUGACCGCCGUGAUCCUGCUCCUGGCAGUGGCGAUCUUCCUGAUAGUGUCUCGUCACCGGCAGCGAAAAAAUUUCGCGAGUCCCCUGAGCGCGAAAAAUUCGAUUCCCACGGGGAACCAUCAGCACUUGUCUCCAGAAUCUGCCUAUGGGACCACCGAGAAGGACCCUUCUCUGAUGACCUACAGGGUGGAGGAACUCGACGACCGCUACACCGGGGCCAAGCUGACCACUCUACCUCGCGAUCUGAACGAUCGACUCCUGGGGGACGUCCGGCUGGACGAGUACCAGGAACCCUUCCACGACAAGUACAGAGAACCUUCGCAUGCCGCCUACUAUGGAUACAGUACCGUGGUCAUCGAUAAUAAGGACCUACAUGACAAUAUCGAGCAGUCGGAUGCAACUUAUGACUACGCCGUGCCCAUGCCAGUGCCUAGUGUAAGCAGCGACCAGGAUAGCGUCUUCUCCAAGUCCUCGUCCAGAGGAAGUGCAAAGGCGUGCUUGCAGAGCUUUUUUCCACCACCUCCACCGCCCAUGAGUGCACCUCCUGUGAGAGGAUCCAGCAACCUGACUUAUUCGAGUCCUCCGAGUCCUGAGCCCAUCUGCGAACGGGAACGUCGAGGGAGCAAACGCCGGGAACACUCUCUGCACAGAUAUGCGUAAAGAGGGAGCAGAGUCCUGUGCCAUUGCCCGCGGGACCUGGUCCUGGAGCCAGAAUGUUCCCACAGGACGGAGGAUCCGAGUGACGAAAGGAAGGGUAAGCUGAUAUCCUCCGCGCCGACUCGUCUUGUCACGAGUUAUCACAAGGAGGUCCCAAAAUUCGUCUGGACUCCUUCGAGGUCCUGUCAGGAUCAGUCUCGCUUCUCCUUCCGAGGAGGACCCGAAGAGAACCGAGGAACACAAAUCGGCAUAUCAGUUAGCGAAACGUCCGGUCCAGCUAGCGUCGAGCUCCCGGAAAAUCGAAAUCGCGAAAAGUCGGAGCUUUUCUCGGAAUUUAUCCUUUUACCUUGAAAAGAAAUUAACUUUCAAGGACAUGCGAACCCUAAAAAAUAACCCUUCGCUAAUAAAAACUCAAACACUAAGUAAUGGUGAAAUUUCAUUGAAAAAUCGACAGAUCGCGUUGUUUAAUCAUUUUUGGAGAAUUCAAAGGUUGAGAUGCUUGGACGAAAUUCGGGGGAAAGCUCUGGACGUGGAUUUUUCCUAGUUUCGGUCUGCGCUUUAUUUUCGGAGGUCCCUCUGCGAAGGGAGCCGCGCGAAGGAUCGAUCGGGGUCGGCGAGGACGAAAAAGGGGAAAAUCAGGGAAAAGUCGAGGAAGAGGGAGACGGGCGUUCUCUCGGCCUCGUCGAUCGUCAACCAACAAGACUGACAUCGAGUAAAUAUUAAAUGAAGUCCCCGGAAGGAUAAAUUCGAGCGCCGAGGACUGGGACGUGAAAGAGGAGACGCGCCUGGGCCGUCUAUUAUUUAUUGCACAGCGCCACUAACGAAUUUCCCUAUUCGGUUUUUAUUAUCCUCCCUUCCUAUCGUUUCCUCGUUUUCUGUUUUUCUUUUUUUUAUUAUUUAUAGUUAGGUCGAUAUGCACACGCGUCGCAUAAGGACGAGAUAAGGCGAGAGGCGCGCACACGUGUAGAUACGUCACAUAAGCCUGUACACAUAACCUAACUUUAUUUCUCUAUAUGCGUGUAUAUUUCCACCGACAUCGCCUUCAUGCAACGAGGAAAUCGAAUAUAAUUCGUAAAGAAUCGACAAUACAGGGAUGAGACUACAAUAAUUCGAGCGGAGGGCGUAGAAAUCGGGACUAAGAGGCAGGGACAGGGGGGGGAUUAAUUGAAUAUUAAUUCGACUAUCUGUACGAUAUUACGCGAGUACCAUUGUGAUAAGCAGGAGGGGGGGAGAUAAACGAGGUUACCGCGCUCUAUUUAAACUCUAUAUUAAUCCUAUUUAACGCGGGUCGGGCUCGUAAGGACGACCCCCCGCGAAGACUGGGCUCGCAACACUGUCACUGUCACUGUCACUGUCGCUGUCGUCGGGAUGACGACUUUAGCUUUUAAACAAACGGACUUUCGGUAUGCACGCCGUCGAUGCCGCCGAUUUAGCUUGUAAGGAUGACCAGAGAGACAACCGACGCCUUGUAAUCGGAGAUCGAUAUCGAGCCCUAAUCGAGAAUUUUGCACAAUAGUCGCGGUUCACCGAAUUAUUUUGAAAUAAGUACCAUUUGGUAUGUCGAGUAAUUGCGCGGGUUAAACACGGAAAUUUGCACUUUUAUACACUUUUACAGGAUAAAGGCAGGCCGACCCCGAAAAGGGCGCACCUGAUAUAAAAUGCGUAAUUUCAUUUUCCAAGGUACAUGUCGCACACCUUUCGCGUAUAUUUAUACGACUCAAUGCACAACUAGCGCACCUCGGCCCUGGGUAUGGUAAAUGUAAAUCCCCAUCUCUGAUUACAGUGCGACGGUUCGCGACUCCUCGAUAAGCCGCGUCGUUCUCGCGAGGUCGGAUCGCCGCUCCUCUUCGGGUAAUAAAUAUAUCGACGCAAUAAAGGAGAGGGCCCGUCCCGGGUUUCUCGGAGGGCCCGGGAGGUUUUACAAUAAUUCCGAGGCAAUAAACUCGAAAAAUGACGAGACAGCUCGGAAGGCCGCGCCGCGGUUUUUCGCGGGACUGUCGUCGUCCUCCCAUCGGUUAUCGCCUCGUCAAAAGCGGAGAAGCGGAAAUACCGAAGGCAUAUUUAAUUUUCUCCCGAGAGAUGAGGUCCCCAAAAAUCGCCUGAAAAAAAUACCGACCUCUCAAUCAAUAAUUCCGCAAUAAAAUCGAAACCGCGAUUUCCUAGGGGAAAAAAAAAAUCAGGGCGAUAGGAACGACAGAGGAAAUGUUUCUUCCGGACGAGGCUUAAUGAUGUCACUUGUAGAAUUAUUAGAUACCGAAAUGACUCGCGGAUCUCCAGUUCUCGGCCGAUUCGUGCACCCUAGCUUCGAGGUCACUUCAUACUCGAUGUACACCGGCGUCGCAACGCGCGUAUAAUUACACCCCUAAGAGCGAUCGCGGCGCGCAGAGUAAGUCCCUAAAGAUUUACGAUUAAGGGAUAAAUCUUGGCCGGGUUCGCUCUCUCGCGUCCACGCCGAAAAGAUAUACGCCAUGACGGGAAGGGCGUAAAAGGAGGACGGGAAGGGAGUUUUCCCGCCCGGAGGAAAAUCCUGGAGAAAAUGCCCGCGCACAUCCGUCCGCGUAAAUCAUGCUCGCUGGACCGCGGAUGCUGCGUUUUGACUUGGAGAAAUAUGGCCGCGAGUCCGCCGGCUGAAGGGAAUUCGCAUCUUUUAUUCAGCAGUGUGCGUACGUACUUAUGUACGAGCAGCUGCGAGGAGGGGGAGAAAAAACGAGGGGGCCACCGCGAGGCAAGGGAGGAACCCGCGUUAUCGACUCGCCGAUGCACCGACGUGCAUCUCGGCCUGUCACGUGGGUGCCCGAUGAUGAAGUUCCGUGCAUUAUCAAGAGCCAGAGUCGCUGGCAUUGACCAAGGGCUCUUAUCGAUCGAGACAUGUAAAAAGCAACGAUCGAUCACCCGUAAUUGUCGUGAUAUCUCUAUAAUUAUCGGUGAAAAUGCUGAUAAAGAAUCCCGCGAGGUCGUCGAAUAUAUGCACUUGGUGAUUUCCGAGCGACGUUGCGGGGGGUCUCGGAAAAUGCUUGCGCUGCUUAGCGGGUGUCUAAUCAGGUGCACCUUAUGCACUUCCGCUUCCGCAUAGGAGGCGACACCGAGAGGUGCAACGUCGCCGCGAAGGCGCGAUAUGCAUAAUCAGGGCGACUUGGUCACUGAUUGCGCGAUUCUGGUUCCAUGACUCUCGUUUCUCGAGGCGAGAGUCGACACGGUGUUCCGGGAAUCGAUCGUCAUGGGGAAUGGUAAUAAUAACCAUAGGUCACGUGGUCGCUGGUGCAAGGGACCGAAGUGCAUCCAUAUGCACCCGACAUUCCGGCGCAAAUUCGAAUUUCGUGAAAUUCCAGCUCGCCCAAAUUUUUCAUAUGCGUGGAUCGCUCGAAAAAAGAACGGAUGUAAAAAAGCCAUGAAAAAAGUCACCUCACUCGAGAAACACCAUAAAACCCGAUCGAGCUCCAAUUUCACGGCAAUUGAAAACCCAGAAGACAAUCUCAAGUCGAUUAAACUCCUCAGCGACAAUUCGAUUUUAUUCUUCUAGUGUUUUAUAUCGCGAUUCCAUUACACGGUACGACAAGCGCACUAUCUUAACACCUCGGCACACAAUGCGAGAAGGAAAUAGAAAGUUUCGUCAAAACGGAACCGACGAAAGAAGUUUCCCCGUGUCGCAGACGCACCUGCGAGCGGACCCUUAACAAUUAAUAAUUAACGUUAAGCGACUCGUGGCAGUCUCCGGACGAGCGAGGCUCGUUACGGGGAUGUUUAAUUGCGGAGUAUUUAAUUUAGAUCGAUAUUGGGUCGCGCAUGUGGAGGAAAAAAAAUAAAUGAGAAAAAGAAAAGAAAAAUAUGGCGACCCGAUCGCGAGUACGGCACCGGCCUAACAAACUGUAGUAUUCGUCGACGUCCCGUCAACGUCCCGUCAACGUCCCGUCGACGUUCCGUCGACGUCCCGGGCCCGAGGUAUUACCACGUAUUAUUUUUCACACUGUACAUAACGAUGUAAUUUAUGUAAUGUUACAUUGCGCGCAUUCGCGCCCGGGAUCCAACGUGGGACGAUCGCGGCGGGUUGUACAUAAUUGUAUGAUAAUGCGAGAGGGGGGGCAGCGGGGGUGCCGCCAUGUGUAAUUACGCAGUGUGUACCGGAUGCAUAUUUGAUAUUUGUGUGCCUGUAUUCCUUUUGUAUGCUGUACCGAGAAUAGCGGAAAGAAAAAGAGGGCGCGCGCGCACGUCCGUGUCUAUUUAGGGAAAUCAUUAUAUUACGAGGAGCUGCGCCGCACGGGCGUGCGCGUGCGCGGCAGCGGAUUAUAUAUAUAGGAGAAAAUACGAGUAUCAGUACUGUACACAUCAAAUUAUUUGUCCGAGCGAUGGAAAAUAAACUUUUA